AGAGAGAGAGAUAGAGAGAGAGAGUGAGAGAGAGAGAGAGAGAGAGAGAGAGAGAGAGAGAGAGAGAGAGAGUCCCACCUUCUCAUUAGCAAAUCGAACAAUCAGCUUCUACAGAAACAGACCCACACAUUGUUAUUAUAGUUCUUUAUUAUGUUUGUUUCAGAUGUUUCUGAUAUGAUUGCGGUCACUCUGCCGGUUGUGGCAAAGAUAACAAGCCAGUGAGGAGUACAGUUUGAACUACCUGUUUGCUUCUGAAACUGAUCUACUAGGAUGACGUCAAAACUAUCCAGCCCGUCUCUCCCCCCAUGCCGAGUGUGUGGUGAGGCGGCGACUGGGUUCCACUACGGUGUCAAUACGUGCGGAGGAUGCAAAGGUUUUUUUGGGCGUAACUUGAUGCGAAGCGACGCCCUUGAGUGUGUAGGUAAAGGACAAUGCGAGGUAGUCGCGCAAGGAAAGAGGAAAAGGGUGUGCCAAAAAUGUCGCUUCGAGAAGUGUCUGAGGGUGGGCAUGUCAAAAGACGCAAUCAAGACUGGGAGAUAUUCGUACAUCAAGAAAACCCAGGAUACCCUCGAGCUUCAAAAACAUUUGGCCAAGAGUGGCAAAGAAGCUCAAGACAUGGAUUUUGUGUUGCUGGGAAGCACAAAAAAUGGGACCCCGAAUAGUUUUAAUAAAUCCGAAACAAGUAGAUCUAGCGACUCGAGCCCUGUUGAUACGGCUGCCACUACAGAUAAAUACGUCAACAGUAAUGAAAUGCAUGACGUGUCAAGUGAUCAGAGCAACUUCAUGCCCACCCAUGGCAUGGUAGACAACUUUCCAAGGAAUGCAGAGUUGUUAAGUCAUGCCACAUGGUCGCCUAGCUACUUGACAGGAGCAUCCCAAGAUCUGUUGGCAGAACGAGAAUAUAGCCCGUCUUCUCUCCCAGAGGCCAUUACUGUCGACCAUGAAACAAAUAACGAAUAUUUUCCAGAAAGUCAUCAUGAUUCUGAACCUUUCCAGCCUCGAAAACAAUUUAGAGACCAACACCAGCCUGAAAGUGAUGAAUCAGAGAUCUAUUUUGCUUCUGAAAAACAAAACCUUUACUUUUCAGAAACACCGUCACCAAUGGCACCACAUGUAGUAACGCCGGUAGGCAUUGCUGACUCUGACUUAAUGGACUUUGAUGCACACCAUGGUUCUCUUUGGAGCUCCAAUCCCAAUUCUCCGUUUGGGGUCAAGACAGAUGAACAGGGCUACAAUUAUCCUCUUGCUGAUAAACUGAGCUCAUUUUUGUCAUCAACCUCCAGACUUCCGCAAUUUUCAACAUCUGAAAACAACCUUGCCAAGACCCCGUCUCAGGUUUUUGGAACAUCUCACGUGAUAGAAAACCUCACGGACAUGACACAUAGCGGUGCCCAGGAAAUAACUUCAAACAAUUUUGCUUCUAUGUCACCUCACAACGAAUCAACUACAGUCCCACACUGCUUUAAUGACAACUUCUCUUUAUGGGUGGAACAUAAUUCUCCUGGUAAUUGUAACGAUUUCCUUGGAGCAACGUUAGACGAGAAAAUCGACGACUGUCCUUUGAAUCUUACUUCUCCGAAACAGAAAGAUCCCCCGGACACCACGAGUGGCUAUUCCGUUGACUCUCCGCCGGUCAACGCUCCUUUUCCUUCCUCGAGGUCGUGCUCUCUCCAAUGCCCGCCUUCCUUGACCUCUACCUCGAAUGCGUUAUCUUCAGGUUCGUCGUCUCCAUCAGCAUACUCCCCUUCUCCACCACAGUCAUCCUCCUCGCCGUCGCCAUGCAUGUCAUCGAUCUUAUCAAAAAGUGUCGUUCAGGAGAAAACUGAAUACAACACCGACGUAGAAGAUUUUACCAGUUCUUUUGACACUUCCGACUGCUCUAUGCUUUUUUCCCGUCUCUUUGUCCGCGAAAUGACAGAGCUCCUUCCUAAUGUGGUAGAGGACGGAACCCAUCUCUCAAUGGUGCCCGUGAAAAGGAGAAAUUGCAUAUCGUUCCUGGUUCAGCUGAAAAAGCCUGGCGUAUGCGCCACUUUCUAUUCGCCCCCUACUGGCAAUCCUGAUCCUUCCAGGGCCGAGACGCUGACCGUAGAUGCUCUCAGGUCUGUGUCGGCGAAGAAAGCGGAUGUCCCCGAGUUUGAGUCCGAUUUCUCCGAGGAGGAGCUAAUGGAGCUAAUUGAGAGCAUAGUUGAAUCGCACAGUACGCAUGUGAAGCACGACACAAACACCAUCGACCCUGAAGAGCUGGAAUAUCUCCUGUCUGUGUGUCACAAAGCCUGCCAGUCCCACGACCCGGAGAAAAGACCCCAUACCUUCGACUUCCCCACUUACUGCAAGCAAUACAAGCUGACAGGCGCAGAUCUCGACGGACGCAGAGCUGUGUACAACACGGUGACCAUGAUGCUGGAGACUGCGAUUGUCAAGGCUGUUAGAUUCUUUAAGGGGAUCCCCGGUGUGAAGCAGAUGUUUACCUUGGAAGACCAGGUGGCUCUUAUAAAGGGCGGAAUGUACGAAUACCUCAUGCUGGGCGGGUUCAAAGGUUGUGAUUGGAAGCGUCGUGUGCAGGUGGAUUCAGAGCUGAACCACGUGCAGUGCGAACAUGACAUGGGGAAAUUAUUCCCGGACUACCACGUAGACUCAAACUUCGACGUCAGCAAGAAGUUGCAGAAACUUGACCUCAAGUUUAUCGAAAUUAUCUUGCUCAAGGCUAUGGUCAUCUCCUCCCCUGACCGCGAGUUUGUCAAGGACCACGUGGCAGUGGGUCAGUUUCACUGGAAGCUGGUCAACUGCCUGCUGCUGGUGCUGCACCGCAACGGCCGGACCAGUAAGUUCCCGGACAUCGUGGACGCCCUGGUAGAGCUGCAGGAGUUUGGUCACUGCUGCUGGAAGUGGUGUCUUCUCGUGCCAGAUUUGAUCAGCUGUGUUCGGUUUGACCAUCGGCCGCUGUUGACAGAGACUUUCUUUAACCGUGGCCCCAAGUCUAAAUAGUCGUCAACAGUGUUGGCUGUAUUACAUUUCUGGAUGAUAUGAAGGUAAACCUCACUCUUAUUUCGAGUUUUAAAAAAGCCCAAUAAAAGAGGGAUUACAGUUGCUUCGCUUAGCGACCGUCGGGAGAUGUGUAACUUGUCUGCAGUAGUGAGAUCCCCAUUGCAUUGGCUGAUGGCUUGGCUGAUUGGAGACACAUUGGAUCAGAAAAUUAGAAUGUUGCAUGAUCUCAUUAGAUCAGCACGUCUCGUUUCUCUUCUAUUUACCUUACUUUUUUCACUUUCUCCUCCUCGUCCAUGUUCUUCUUGUUCUUCCUGUUCUUGUCGUUUUUCUUUUUCUUCUU